GCCGGCCCGGCCCGCGUCUCCGCUGUGGGGACCCGGGGGCGCCGCGACUCGCCCGCAGUCGGACGGCGGGAGGCAGUUCCCGCAGGGUCCAGUCCCGGGAGCACCCCCCCAGGAGGAGGGGAGGGUGGGAGCGCCUCUCUUGGAGUCCCCGGAUUUGGUCGCUGGGAUGUGAGGAAGCCGGAGAGGCCGCGGCUGGACGCAGGGGCUGAGGAUCCGGCGGCUCGGCUGCACCAUGCCCUUCCCGCCCAUGCCGCCGCCGCCCGCCCCCGCCCCCGCCCCGGGGGCCCAAGCCGCGCGCCAGUUACCCCGGAGGCCCUGCGCGGCGGGGGACAAGAAGAAGAGGCCCCCACAGCGGCCCGAGGGGCUCCUCUCCAGCUCCUGGCCCUCCGCCACGCUCAAGAGGCCGCCGGCCCGGCACGGCCCCGGCCCGGACAGGACGCAGCCGCCGGCCCCUCCGGGCGUCUCCCCCCAGGCCUUGCCCAGCCGCGCGCGGGCCCCAGCCACGUGCGCCCCGCCCCGGCCGGCCGGCUCCGGCCACAGCCCAGCGAAGACCACCUACGCGGCGACCUCGGCUGGGACGGAGACCACCGCCGCGGGGACCUCCUCGGGGGCGGGGGCUUGUCCCGACGCUGCUGGGCGCUUCUCCCUGAAUCUCACCCCCGAGGCCGUCCUGGUCAUCCAGAGGCGUCAUCUGGAGAAGCAGCUGCUGGCGCGGCACCGCAGGCCCUUCCCCUCACCCUCUGCCGAACCCAGGCGCCUACUCGCCCCCUGUCUCCCGGCUAGGGCCGCGGGCCUGCGGAGAGGCGGCCCCGCCAGCGACCCCGACGCACCCCCCACCGCUGGCCAGGGCCGCCGCGCGCCUCCGCCCCGCGCCCAGCUGCUGCACGGCGGCCUGCAGGUUCCCCAGCUCAGCCCGCGGCUCGGGGCCCUGCGGCCGAUGCUCAAGGUGUCGCUGCUCAACGAGCGGCACAGGUACGACGACGUGGAGUACGAGGAGGAGCCAGAGGCGGUGGACGAGGGCCUGGUACGCAAGUGCACGGAGUGGCUGCGCGGCGUGGAGUCGGCGGCUGCCGCGCGGGGCCGGGCCGGGACCCUGGACUCACGGCGGCACCUGAGCACGCUGUGAGCCCAGCGGGCCUGCGGGGACAGGCCAGGCCUGAUGCCACCUCACUUCCUGCACGCGCCACUCCGCCUAGGGGCCCUCGGGGAAGACCGCAGGCUCCUCUGGCCGCCAGCGCCCACUUUCGGGACACUGGUGCGCAAGCUGGCCCACGUGGGGCGCAGCCAGACUCGCCCGACGGCCACGGCCCCCCUCCUGCCCUCGCCAGCCGGCAGCCCGGGCCUUUCUCGUUCACACCGGUGGUAUCUACCCCAAAUGCCCGCCUCUGCCCCACUCUGGCCUCCUCUUGGCAUCGCCGAGCAUCCAUGCAGUUCGUGGGGAAUUAAGCAACUGAGAAAAUGCCUCUCGGCUCCCCCAGCCCCAAGGUUCGUCUAGGUCCCAGAGACCGUCUGCCUGGAGGCGGGCCUUCCCCAGGGCUACAUCUGCACUCCCUGUGUUGUCACCCUCGGCCGGCGCCGGGCACCCUGGACAGUGCGGUGGGCGAUGGCCCAGGUGGGUGGCCGCGACGGUGGCCUCCUGCAGAGCUGGGACCCGGUGCUACAUUUGUGAUUUUGUUUUCUCCCAAGUCAGAACAAUGUUGAGGGUAUUAGACAUCCCUGAAACUCAGUUAACCGAAUUUCCAGUCUCCAAAGCGGAAGGGUAGGCAUCGCCAGGCGCUGGUGAGCCCUGGUCAAUGAGCGCUUCCAUGGAAACCGCUCGGCUGAUUACAUUUUUUCUGUGUAUUAUUUGAAUAGAGAGUAAAGGUCCUCCGCUGUUUCGUAACCAUAUCCUUUCCCCCCGCUAACUGGAGGCUGAUUUCUACGUAUUUCUUCCAUGUAUCUGAGAAUAUCUAACUCGAAGGAUGAGAAGGAAAUAAAAUGUUAUAAUCAGAUAAGGCUGGUUAUAGAAGAGUAAUGUAUUACCUCAAUUUUUGACUUACUUUGUAAAAGCCAAUAACUGGUUUAAUGUUUAUCUUGAUAGACUUUAAAUGUAUCAAGUCUUAAUUGUAUUUUAAAUUGAAGCCUUACGUUUUUAAAAACAGAUUUUGUAUUUUUCUUGUGAAGGUCUUUGCUCUAAUAACUCUCUCUCUCUCUCUAAUUCUAGGCACACAUUUAGUUAGAUGUGAAGCAUUUAAUUCACUGGGAGCUAGGUCAGCUGCCAGAUGAGUUGCAAAAAAAAAAAAAAAAAAAACCUACCCAUU